UUCCAAAGCGAAGGGCAAGACGGUAGCCGGGAGGACACCGGGAGGCGGACGGUGGCCGACGAGGUCGGGCAUGGAGCAUCUGGAGCGCUGCGCAAGGUUCCUCCGCGGGACGCUGGUGCGAGCGGCGGUGCGGCGCUACCUGCCCUGGGCGCUGACGGCCUCCAUGCUGGCGGGCUCCCUCCUCAAGGAGCUCUCCCCGCUGCCCGAGAGCUAUCUCAGCAACAAGCGCAACAUCCUCAACGUGUAUUUUGUCAAACUGGCCUGGGCCUGGACCUUCUGUCUCCUCCUGCCUUUCAUCGCCCUCACCAACUACCACCUGACGGGCAAGGCCGGCCUGGUCCUGCGGCGGCUGAGCACCCUGCUCGUGGGCACGGCCAUCUGGUACGUCUGCACAGCCCUCUUCUCCAACAUCGAGCACUACACGGGCAGCUGCUACCAGUCGCCAGCCCUGGAGGGGGUCAGAAGGGAGCACCAGAGUAAGAAGCAGUGCCACGGGGAAGGAGGCUUUUGGCACGGCUUCGACAUCUCCGGCCACUCCUUCCUGCUGACCUUCUGCGCCCUCAUGAUCGUGGAGGAGAUGGCUGUGCUGCACGAGGUGAAGACCGACCGGAGUCACUGCCUCCACGCCGCCAUCACCGCCCUGGUGGUGGCCCUGGGCUUCCUGACCUUCAUCUGGGUGUGGAUGUUUCUGUGUACGGCCGUUUACUUCCACAACCUGUCCCAGAAGCUGUUCGGCACCCUGUUCGGUUUGCUGGGCUGGUACGGCACCUACGGGUUUUGGUAUCUGAAAUCCUUUUCCCCAGGACUUCCUCCCCAGAGCUCCAGCUUGAAUUUGAAGCGAGACAGUUACAAGGAGUAAGAGAGAAACAAAAGGGCUGGGAGAUAGCAGGGCAAUGGCUAAUGUAUUUUUUCCUUAUUUUUCUCGGUUACUUGACUAAAUUAUCGGUCGUUCUGCAGUGAGGAGGCUCACCGGGCGGUUUUGGUGACUGGUGGUGGAGUCUGGGGAGGGACUUGAAUCCCCACACUUCUUGGCGAUGUCAUCUUGUGUCACAAACACCACCCUUCCCAGUCAGGCACUUUUUGUCCCUGGCAAGACUUGACCUUAAUCUGGAAUGUCCCUUUUGUCUCUAAAGGGCAGAGCUAAGGCUCAGAGAGAGGACGGAAUCAGGAGGGCCUCCACCGUGUGGCUGAAGGGGAGGCUGGGGCCUCAGUGCCCUUCUCUGCUACCGUCAUGCUCUCUCUGAUUCUGGUCGUCUCGUAUUUUAAUGGCUGAUUUAAUGCUGUUAUUGAAUAAUAUCGCCCUCUGGUCAGCUUUGCGGAAGCGUUUAUCUCCAGCAGGGUUCUUUAGAAAACACCCACCUGCCUGAAAGACACUCUCAGGCUGUGGAAUUUGUUUAUCCUCAGAAUGUUCCAUAUCACAACUGGCUUGUGAUUAGCUGCCAAAACAGUUCAACUCAAGUGCCUGCCUCUGUGGCUGAGCACUGGAUGAUUUUUAUGUAGCGAAUGUUGCCAGUUUUCUGUCCGUGUGGCCCAUUAUGUAUUGGUUUUUGGAGCAAUAAGGUUACCUUUUUGUCCCUACUAUUUUGAGCAAAACCUUUAUUGUUUCAAUAACAGCUGUGGGAUGUGUUCUUUGUUCGUAAACUCCUGACCAUGACCCACAGCCCCGCUGCUGCACUUUGGCACGUGUGUAGAUAGCUCUGACGGUUUUCUUAGAACACUACUUUACUUCUUAUAAACCAGACUCCUGGCUGAUGGUGUUAAAUUCCCCCUCACUUCAUGGGGCUGUUUUCUUGGUUAAGAGUAAAACCUGAAAGCAGACAUUGUAAUCAUAGCUUGAUGAAAUUUAAGCUGAGUCAGGGUAACUUUGCAAAACGCGUUCUUGCCCUGAAACUUUCCUGACCACACAUCAGUGGUGUCAACUGAACGGCGUCCUUCAGACUCGGCUGAUAACUGACCGGUCUGCUGUGGCCCAAGGAAUUUUUACAUUUUGGACAAGACCGUGGUAAAUCAGAGGUGAAGGAAAAUGUCUCCCGUUGCCUCUGAAGCCGACUGUUGGCAAAAAUGUCCUUCUUAAAUGUUGGUGUGAGUUUGGCGCCUCCCUCCAACUCGUUCCACCCCCGACAACACGAGACCCAACCUGGGUCCCCUCAGCUGGCCUUGAACUCGGCCCUUCCUUUCCCCUUUGCACACUUCUCAGUGUUCAGCCUUGUUCUUCUGCAACCUGUCACCUCCACCCACAGAGGUACUUACAGCUCUGUGCUGGGACACGCCCCUCCCCCCGCCACCUCCGCAGGUUGCAGGCUGUCUCUUUACUGUCUCUUUAGGCCUUUUGUACCCAGCCCCUCGCAUUUUGGGUGGUCAUCCUGGAAGCUUACUUCAUGCUCCUCCUUUCCCCCGAAGUUAAGCCCGACAAGCACUACACUUGACUGCCUUAACUCAAGCUUACACUGUUAGGAGCUUGAGGCCUGGGAAAUCUUCAGGGUAAACUGUAUUUCAUAUAAAGAUGUAUUUAAAAUAUGUAUUUGGUAUCCCAUCAGGCUGCAUGUUAAUUUGUAUCGAUCAAAAUGUGAGGGGCGAUACGCUGUACCGAAAGGUGGCAGAAAUGCUGGCUCCGAGAUCUCAGCGGUGUCACCAUGGUGCUCUGGGAUGUUGGGAGGCCCAUCAUUUCAUGGGGCCCAUCGUAUCUUGCCAGUGCUCCCCUUUGGAGUUUACGUCUGUGAACUGGGAGCAGAGGGGAGUUCUGGGGGCGGGGGGGGGGUGGGGCUUGUUGAAGGGAUUGAAGUCUCUCCUGAGUUUCAUGUUCAGCACCAAAAGGCAACAGGCACAAGGUGACUCCAUGUGUCCAUUUGUCACCCUUAAAUAUCCAGACAUUUCCCCUUGCAGAUCUGCUUGAGGCUCAGCAUUGAAUGAACUCUGCGGAAAGUGUCAGUUAUGGACCGUUGUGUAUGGAGUGGUCUUCCGCCGCUUCCUGCUCAGUGUUAGGCCCUCACCUUUUCCUUGGGAACGUGCUCCCUACCCCUGUGUGAGACAGCGUGGUGUAGCUGGGAGAGUCUGGGCUUAGGAAAUGUGAGAUGCGGGUUCAGAUAUUGGCACCACCGCUGAGGGCUGUCUGACCACGGGCAGGCUUCAUGUCCGCAUCCGAGGCGUGCAGAUGACCCUGGAGGAUUAAGGGAAAUGAUGUAUGUAAGACGCCCAGCACGUGCGCUUAGCAGACCACAGUCCCCGUCCCCUUUUUCCUUUACCUAAAGCCUUUAGAACUUCUGACUCCUUGGAGGAGGCAGGGAAACUAACAUCUACUUUUGAGUACCAUUUGGGGUCUGGGUCUCCCGUUGAAGUAGUCUUGUGUCAUGUGAAAAGUGUCUGUCGUCCCCAGGUGCUGAACAAGGGGCUCCAAAGGGCAUCUGUGAUCACAGAACACCGCCAUGCUUGUUUGGUGUCUCGGCGCUGAGGUUCACUCACUGACGCCUCGUUUUCCGUGUGCAGCUGUCAUAGUCUGAGUACCAGAUUGUAUUUAGAGUUUGGCUCCAGCCACUGUUACAUACACACAGAUCGUGUGUGUAAACAAGCAAAUUAAGUAAACUGGAGAUAAUGAAAUCCCA